UUUAGAAUGUUGCGAGUAAAGAACAAAGCACAUGUUUUAGAAGAGUUUUUGUGUCGAACACGAUGAAAACAGGGUGAACUGCGUACCAUCUCUGCAAAUAUCUGCUUCACUCCCUUUCUCCUUCAUCACUUCCAUGGAAGCUUCAACCGGACCCUUGAGCCUUCCACCCCACCCCAACCUCGAAAACAUCAAGCAUAAACUCUUGAAACACGGCGUUCAUCCCACCCCCAGGAUCCUCCACAAUCUCCGCAAAAAGGAGCUUCAGAAAUCCAACCGCCGUCUCGCCAAACUCAACUCCAAGUUGCCUCCACCCCUAACCGAUGCCCAGAAACAAUCCAUUUCAGAAGAAUCCCAUUUCCAUAUGAUCAAGUCUGACUACAAGAAAUUCACGAAAUCCGUCAGAAACGAAGAAAACAAGAAACUGGUGGGCAGGCCUUGGGAGAGGUUGGAGAGGCUUCGGUUGAGGGAACUUUCAAGCGAAAACAUGGAGUACGAUGGGGAGAGGUUGAAUCCCGAGCAUCUGAGGGAGCUGAGUGAUAUAAUUGAGUGUGAAAGGGACAAAUUUGCUUGGCUUUUAGAUAAUGAUAUUGAGCUUGAAGAAGGAUGGUUUGAGAAUGAUGGGAGGAGAUGGGCUCCACCGAAGCGGAGCGAGACUGAAGCAAUUAGGUUUCUCAUAGAUAGAUUAAGUGCAACAGAACUGAGCGUGAAAGAUUGGAAGUUUACGCGGACUAUGAAAUACUCGGGAUUGCAGUUUACAGAAAGGCAAAUGAUGAAGAUAGUUGAAGGGCUUGGUGAUAAGGGGCACUGGAGGCAUGCAUUCUCUGUCGUAGAGUGGGUGUAUAACUCAAAGGAGCACAGCCAUUUCAAGAGCAGGUUUGUAUACACAAAAUUGUUGGCGGUACUUGGGAGAGCCAGGAAACCUCGUGAAGCUCUUCAAGUCUUCAAUUUGAUGCGUGGUGAUGCACACAUAUAUCCUGAUAUGGCGGCAUAUCAUAGUCUGGCUGUUACACUGGGUCAAGCUGGUUUUCUGAAAGAGCUGCUGAAUGUUAUUGAGUCCAUGAAGGCAAAACCCAAAAAGAUUAGAAACAUGAGGCGCAAGAAUUGGAAUCCUGAACUUCUACCAGACAUUGUUAUAUUUAAUGCUGUUCUAAAUGCAUGUGUUUCGACCUGCCAAUGGAAGGGAGUAUCUUGGGUUUUUCAACAGUUGAGGAAGAAUGGUCUAAGACCUAAUGGAGCAAGCUAUGGGCUGGCAAUGGAGGUAAUGCUGAAAUCCGGCAAGUAUGACCUUGUCCAUGAUUUUUUUUGGAAAAUGAAAAGAAAUGGGGAAGCUCUAAAAGCCGUGACGUACAAAGUUCUUAUCAGAGCCUUCCGUGAAGAAGGUAAAGUUGAUGAAGCUGUUCAGGCAGUCAGGGAUAUGGAAAGGAGGGGGUUAAUAGGAACAGCAAGUGUGUAUUAUGAGCUAGCUUGCUGCCUUUGCUUCUAUGGCAGAUGGCAAGAUGCCAUUUUGGAGAUUGAGAAGCUGAAAAAUGUACGUUCAACAAGACCUUUGGCUGUGACCUUCACUGGCAUGAUAAUGUCUUCCAUGGAUGGUGGGCAUGUUAAUGAUUGUGUAUCCCUCUAUGAGCACAGCAAAACCCUCAUGUCUCCUGAUAUUGGUCUAAUAAAUGCCAUGCUGAAAGUUUAUGGUCGAAACGAUAUGUUUCUUAAAGCUAAAGAAUUAUUUGAAGAGACCAUCCGAAGUUAUUUAGGUUCUGAAAUUGGCAAAAGUGGUCAAGGUUCUUCGCCCAAAGCAGAUAUGUACACUUUCAGCUCCAUGCUUGAGGCAGCUGCAAGUGCUCUCCAGUGGGAAUACUUUGAGUACGUGUACAAGGAGAUGACCCUCUCAGGUCAUCAACUUGAUCACCAUACACACUCUGCCGUAUUAGUGGAAGCAUCCAGAGCUGGAAAGUGGCAUCUGCUGGAACAUGCAUUUGAUUCAAUUCUGGAAGCUGGAGAGAUUCCCCCUCUGUCAUUUUUCACUGAAAUGGGAUGUCAAGCCAUUACUCGAGAUGACUAUGGAAGGGCUGUGAAUAUCAUCAACACGAUGGCUCAUGCUCCAUUUCAAGUCAGUUUCCAAGAGUGGAUUAACCUCUUCGAGAGAAACAGCGACAGGAUUGAUUGGGCUAAUCUAAAUAAACUACAGGAGCAACUUGUCAGUUGUGAUUUAGUAAAAGAAGCAACAGUCUUAAAUUUGUGCAGAGCAUUGCAAUUCAUCUGUGGAUGCUGUGAGGACUCAUUGAAUUCAAUACCUUCCACCAGUCCAAGAAUGGAUGAACUCCCUAAAGAUAGUUGUGAUGGACAAAACUUUCCGGCAAAUACUACUGGUUCCCACUUAGAUUGGAAUCAUAACAUACUGGAGGACAGUUCAGUCAACACAACACAUGAUGAUGACUACAUGAGCAACAGUAGAUUAGAGGAAGACAGAGAUUCAGACGAGGUAUCUGGUUUGUCCGACAACAGGUGUGAAGGAAAUGUGUGGGCUAGUACCACCCAAUUUAUUGACCAUUUCAACUAUGAUGCGUUUUCCCAAAUUUCACCAUCUUAUUCUGAUCACAUAGACUUUGAACAUAUUGAACAUGAAGACUCAGAUGGUGAUGAGUUCAACUUCGAGCUUAUUAUCCCAAACAGUGAAGCUGAUGAUUCACAAGAAUCUGCCGUUCCAUCAGCCUAUGAAAUUCUGGAAUCCUGGAAGAAAAAGUGAAAGGCAUUUCCUUUCUACAUCUCAGUUUUGCCUGUGUUGCUGACAAAGAAUUCAUAAUCCACAUGCAAGCAUUUUAGCAUAAUCUACUCAGAGCUUUGAGUAUAGCUCUAGAUUUUGUCUUAGUCAUUUGUGCCGAAGACAUGAGAUUACGCUCUCGCAAAAAUGUAAGAAUGCCUUCAAAAUGAUGUAUGUUUAUACACAGUUUGUUUCAGUCCCUUC